CUGGCUAUAUCUAAAGAAUGUCCAAUUAAGAUUAAAAAACUAAUAGAAAAGAAAAACAAAAUAACUUACGCAAGCCUUGCACAAACUAAAAUUCCUGAAAGCGAAUAUCCCUCCUUGCCAUUGUCCAAACAACAAAAUAAGCCAUUCCAAAAACCUGUACAAUUUGUAAAUAAAAAUGUAAAUAACAAACCUGCUUCACAGGUUAUAAAUCAGGUCCAGCCUAUGGACCUUAAAGCCCAGAUCCUCGGUGAUAAAGAUGUACUAAUGGCCCUGGUACAAACACUGAUAGAGCUGGGCAACAAUCCUGAUUCUGUGCCGAUCAAUACAGCAUCCAUAAAAGAUAGGCUAAUUAAAAAUUUAUCCUAAUAAUGGAUUCAGGUUCCUCUGGAAAAUCUCAGUUACGUAUUGCGCAGUUUAAUAUUCAAAGUGCGAAUGGUAAAAAGCCUUUAUUAAUUAAUUUUUUGCAAAAAAUGAAUAUUGAUGUAUGUUUACUCAAUGAAACUUGGUUUAAAGAACAUCAUAAUUUUAAAAUUCCUGGUUAUAAUCUUCACUACAGAUUGUCUAAAAAUCCUCACAAUGGUGUAGCAAUAUUAAUUAAACCGCACCUGAAAUAUAAUACUUUAAAUACAAUUUUUUAUGAAGACAUACAAACUAUAGCAGUUUCUAUAUCUACCGAACGCGGUAAUUUAACUGUUCUAUGCGUCUACUGUCCUCCCUCUACAGGACACAUUAGAUUAAAGAGGCUGCGCAAUAUUAUCAGAGACCUCCCUAAACCUAUAUUUAUUGGCGGAGAUUUUAACGCUCAUCAUAUUGCAUUUGGAUGCUUAUCGACAAAGGGUCGUGGUAAAGAUCUAUACGAUGUUAUUGAUGAAUGUGAAUUGUGUAUCUUAAAUGAUGGUAGGUUUACUACAGUGAACCGUCCUAGAACAAACCCUUCAGCCAUUGACGUCAGUCUUACUAGUGAUUCCUUGGCACCUCUUUGUGAAUGGUCUGUACAUGACGAUUGUAUGGGAAGUUACCAUUACCCUACUAUAACCGUAACAGCAUUAAUCACUGAAAAGUAUCAAUUUUGUUGGAAAGUCAAUGGCACACUUUAUUAAUUGACAUGCUCGUAUAGAGAUGUCUUUAGAAUAUUUUGGCUCUGGCAACUUGUGCGCUGUCAUUCUUUUUUUUUUGCUAUCACGGAUCGACCGGUAAAUAUCUCAUUAGAUUUUACUCUCGAUAUUAUAAGUUAUUUACUUAAUGUUAAUGUCCUUAUUGACGACUUUACAUUUGUGCAUUUUGGAAAUACACGGAGUGUUAAAGGACGACGUUGUUUUAGUUCACUAUCGCACCACUUCCUCCUGCUGCGUAUGCACCCAGUGACGGGCUCUGCUUAACAGGUUAAGAUGCCCAGCAUACCACGAGAAAAGGAGAAAUCGUGAUCCAUCUAGUAAGUGGCUGUCGAUCGAGUGGCAAAACCUUCAAAAUAUAAUCUCUUACGUCGUCCUACAACGUUAAUUCUACAUAUUUUUGACAUAAAUUGCCACGAUGGCUGUAAAUGCCACUAAUGUCGUCAUGGGCACUCCCGUCAUCGAGAAGCUGGACGGGAACAACUAUCUAACGUGGAAGUUCGCAUUGAAGAUGAUUUUGAUCACGGAAGGAUUGUGGGACACAAUAGACAGGGAGUCGGACGAGGCUUUGACGGGCACAGAUGCCGCGCGCGACCAGCGCGCUUUGGCACGUGUCUGUCUCAACAUAAAACCGGCUUUAUUUCAAUACGUUCGGACUGCGACAACAGCUAAAGAAGCGUGAAAAAACUUGUCGGACAUAUUUGAGGACAAAGGGCUGUAUCGGCGAGUGUUACUUUUAAGACAACUACACAGGGUAGAUUUCACUGAGCAUGCAGACAUGGCUACAUAUAUUGAACAUGUAAUGUCCCUAGUUCACCAACUCGCUGACAUCGGCAGGGUGGUCGAAGAUAAAGAAGUGGCCGAAAUCUUAUUGAGUGGCCUUCCGGCAGACUAUGACACAUUGGUGAGCAACCUAGAAACGUAUUGUAUAUCUUCUGAAGAGCUGAAAAGCGACCUGGUGCGUACUCGUCUUCUUCAAGAGGCGCAAAGGAAGUCUGCGAAUAACGGGAGCUCGACAACAGCAUACAUUACAAGCAAGAUUAAGUGUACAUACUGUCACCGAGUCGGUCACAUCAAGCCCAAGUGUUUUAAAUAUAAGAAAGAUAGGAAACAAAGGGAUUCUUCCAAGUCUGCCACCGCCACUGCAGCUUUCUUCGCCCAGGACCGGACAGAUGUCUUCUUGGACUCAGGAGCGUCUUCUCACCUUUCUAAUGAUCCAAACUUGCUCAGCAAUAUAAGGGAUACAAAGAAGCAAUCCAUAAGUUUGGCUAACAGCGAGACAAUGUCAAGUUCCAAAACUGGAGAUCUUAGUGUUGCUUUAAAUGGACAGGAUAAAAACCUCAAGAACUGUGAAGCAUGCAUUAAGGGGAAGCUUUCGGCCGAGCCUUUCCCUAAGGCUAGUAACAGUACAACAACGCAACCACUACAGCUGGUGCACACUGACGUCUGCGGACCAAUGCCUGAGACGAGCCAUGGAGGAGGAAAAUAUCUGCUCACCUUCACGGAUGACUACAGCCGGAAGAGUUUUGCCUACAUAAUGAAGAACAAAUCACAGGUAUUUGAUUGUUUUAAACAUUUUAAAGCUAUGGUAGAAAAAGAAAAGAGUUUGCCUAUCCUUUGCCUUCGUAGUGAUAAUGGUGGAGAGUUUACUAGUUCUAAAUUUACACAAUAUUUAAAAGAACAUGGUAUUAUCCACCAGACCACUAUUCCCUACUGUUCUGCUCAAAAUGGAGUAGCAGAGAUGUUAAAGAUUGUGUAA